AUAAAAACCACCGCUCUCGUCACAAGUUCACUUCAAAAAGUAAGCAUCGUGAUUGUGACGACGGUGGCGCUCAAUUUUCAUUCCAUGGUGUGUUUGUGUGUAUAUAACGAUGAUACCAGGUCGAGCUCCUCUUUGGGUUUCAUAGAAUCUCAUCUUAGUACGUCUCCAUCUUUUGAGCUUGAAUGUCGAAUGGUUUCUGGAGAUGUUAAGUGCAUCACUUCAUUAAGUUUCCCUUCGUCUUGUCGAGGAAUCGUGGAAGUUGACAGAUUGGCUGAGAGACGGUGAGGUACAAAGCGAGAGCUUUCAACAAGUCCAAUAGAUCAUGAUUUCUACUGCUUAAAGAAUUGGAUGGUUAUACAAGGACGGUUCAAAAGGUUCGUGAAGAGGCAGACAAGAAGGAGGGGACACAAUAAUCGUUUGAGAGUCAACUUACUUGUAUGAACUAGAUCCUGUUACGCGAGUAUGAACAUCAUCACAAUGGAAGCUGUACCAAGGACAUUAAUCCUUCUGAGCGUGGUCUUACUCUGGCAGUGUAGCUUCUCCACGGUAGAAUCUCGUCCCCUUCAUCCCAAGAAACAUACCGCAUCGCCUUUCAAGCAUCGUCAACACCACUCAAACGCUAACAAAAAUGCCAUCAUGCAUCCACUUAACCCCGCUUCUUUACGCGAGCUAGCUUUUGGUUCCCAUAAGUCCGCCCGAGAGAUCCUACCCUUCCCUCUACCACCAGUGCAGAAGCAACCAAGCAACCGGCAUCAUAAACCAACAUGGGGUGCUUUUAAUCCUGUGGCGCCGGUUGAGAGCCAUACUGAUGAGGGUGCGUUUGGUCCCGUCGUGGAAGCUCCCGUCCCUGAACCUGCUAGCCUAGACGUGGAAGGCUUUGUUCCUUGGGUUCCUCAUGGGACCACGCAUCCGGUUAAAGAUGUAGGCCCAGAUGGAGUCUUUGGAGGACCUAUCAAAGCUACAGGGACCAAGACAGUGGAAGACAGCGGGUUCGGAGCAUGGGGUGCUUUCAAACCUGUUCAUCAUGCCCCAGCAGAAGAAGAUGAAGGUUUUGGAGGAAACAGCAGAACAGCAGGGGGAACCAGCAAAGCCAUUCACAUUGUUCCUGGACAAGCGCCACACGUCAUUGACGAGUCCCUGGGACCAGACGCGUUUGGAACCUUCGUAUCCAGCUCUGAUGAUACUGCUGAAGACACCUCCGAUGGUUGGUUUAUGUCUUUUGUUCCCUACCCUGAACCUGUACGUGACCAGGAACCAGUCGACACAGAAUCAUCAUCGUCAUCAGCGGCCUUCGCAGAUAUGUGGGGAUUAUUCAGGGACAGGAAAAGAGGAUGCGACAGUAGUAUUGAAGGGCGUUCGUGCUCUAGCAACGCCGAUUGUCAUGGCUGCAACAGGACGUUUCAUUGCUCUACCAAUCACAGGUGUCAGAGAGUAUAACGUGCACCCCUUCUCCAAGACCUCCUUCGAAGACCUCACCCCCUCACAACCUCCGACAUUUCCCCCACACCCCGUCAGGAGUUGGAUGCCUUUACAGGAAAAGAAAGGUAGCGAAAGUAAUGCUUUUACGCGUCACACGAAACGAGUUUCAAGUUUCUUUACAUUCACUUUGUACGUCUUGACUCCAGCCGAAAUGAAGUAGUGAGUACCGCCCAUGAACAGUUCUAGUUCGUUAAAUAGUAGGUCGAUAGGUUGAAAAACAAAAUCCGCCGUAUUGAGUUCUAAUAGUUUGAUUAUUCACGUCCAAUAAAGGUGGCAGAAUGAAACUCCACCGAUCAAGGAUCGUAUAACGUUAAGAGCUGAUGUAGAGGGCUAUAGGGUACAGCUGACUGGUAAGCGAACCAACAUCAUGUGAUGCACUGGACUUGGUAGACUUUCAUCUACAACGACUAUACAGAUAAUGUGUCCAGGUCGGAAGCAGAUGUCCUUACCAAACAGUCUUAAAUUCUCGCAUUUGUUGUUUCUCACCUUAACACAUGAAUGGUAUCACUUUGUUCUCAGCACUUUGUUCUAACAUGGACAUCACUAACGUGCACAUGCAACUAAGGGCUACAGCGAUUGGUAGCCUACAGCCAGAUUACGACUCAUCGAACAAAGUUAUCUCUCAAUUCUUUAAACAUAUAGGCCUAUAACUAUUCAGAGGUUUGUCGCUGGUAGACCUAGCAAUGAUUUUGUAUUCUCUCGGAAGAUUCAACAAUCUUGUGGUAUCCAUUUAGAAUAAAUAUUGCAUUUAUCGGUGAGGACAAAAUUUACACUAGGAUAUCAAUUGAAUAUUGUAUUACACGUAUUUUCUUAUACACAUCAACAUCAUCUAUCAAGCUUAUAUUUCCUUUGUUAAAAAGCCAGUCACUAAGUUUAUACUCAUUAUUCUGAAGGCUCGAGGUUAGAUCCAGAUUUCUCAUGUGAUGUGUGAAAGUCAUAGAGUUAAAAACAGCGAUGAAUUGGCUCCACCCCCUUGACUACAUUUUCUAGGAUCUAAAGGCAUGUAUUAUCAAUUUCAAUUUAAGCACGUAGCACGAAGACGCAUAUUCAAACCUUGGAAAAGUAUAUAUCUGGGCCCCGUCUUACAAAGAGUUGAUAUCAAUCGCAACUAUUUACAUAAGAGAUAGGAGACUACAAACUUGCGAUUGAUUUGGAUCAAUCGCAACUCUUUGUAAGACGGGGCCCAGUACUGUGAUAUAGAAAGAAGUAUCCUUCUAAAUCUUUGUUGACUCAUUUAGAGUAUGUGUUUUCUUUUAAAGCUUGUAUGACAUUGCAUUCUUAUUCAGUCUUUUUGAUUUAGAGAAAAGAUGUUACAAUCUUCAAAUUCCUAAAGCAUAUCAAUUCAGUCAGUAAUAUACACUGUAUACAAACAAACAAUCAGUUGUCUAAUCUCUGCAGUUUUCUAAGUUCAGCUAGUAAGUGUCAAGCUUUUUAUUUUGCUUCCAUCAACAUUCGGUUCACUUAAAAAAUCAUUGUAUGUACAUCAUUGGUGAAUGGGUAGUUUAAGUUACUGUUUAAACAAAGUAUACAUUGGGUAAGACGGGUAUUAAGAUGGUUUUAUAUACUCAUGUCAGUAAUGCCUUUCGAAUGGGUUGUGGAUCCUAGUUGUAAAGCGUAUUAGUCUGAGAGUAAAAUGAGACGAGAGAAUAGAGAUAGAGUAAAGGUGAUGUAAAUUAGGUUUUAAUCAUGCGGUAUUUCUUUUUUAAUUUUUGGCCUUUCUAAAUUUGCAUUUGAAGAAUUGAACCUGGCUUUGAUUGUUAUACGUCCAUUCUUUGUAUAGUCCGUGUAAGUCUGUAAAUAUUAAAACUGCGCUCUGUUUCUCAAUUGGUUUAGGCCUACUUGAAUGUUGUUCAUACUGAUAAAAAGAAAUUUCAAGGUAGUUUUCUUAUUUACUGUUUUAGUAAACAGGUAAAUUAGUAUAUAGUUGAAUUAAAGAAAGUGGUUGAUAAUGAUAAUCACUUUUUUUACCACUCCUAUUCUGUCAUUUAAUCAAGAUAUUGAAAAUUUGCUUUUUUUGUUGUAAAUAAUUACUUCAAUGUGUUUUGGAAUUCUUCAGUACUAAAAAAUGUCCCUCCAGUAAAUGACAAAUGAUUUCUGGAUAAACAGGUAAGCCGUAUAUAUACUGAUCGUAUUUCAUCAGAAAACACUGAUCACGAAAAGAUUACUGGUUUGCGUUGGUGUCACACCUGCCAUCUGCGUUCAUGAGCUCAAUGCUGACAUGAUGAAAUUUGGUAGUAACGAAUCAAACCGAAAAGUUCAACAAUGUAUAAACGUUGCGUUAGGCAAGUAAUUUUCAUUUAUGCAUUUCUAAAACUUCAAACAUAUGUGAUUGAGUAUCAGUAGAAAUUUCUUUAAAAUUUGAUACGUUUGAACACACAUGCUGAAAAGGGUAAUUGUUUCAUGUUUCCGAAGACAAUUGCUUAACAUGUAACACAGUUUGAUAGUACUAUGUUCACAAGCUAAUUUCGAUGUUUCAUUGUGCAAAAGUUCUUUCAUGUGUACAAUUGAGCUCUUAUGUCAAAUGUAUCUGUAUAUUAAAAGAAGGAUUUUAUCUUAAUUGUGUUCUAUUGCA